AUGGCUCUCCCACCAAAGUGGUACCAGUUCCUUGUCUCCGUUUUUGCAUCGCUUGGUUCUUUGCUAUACGGUUACGAUCUCGGUGUUAUUGCCGAAGUCAUCGCAUCCGGAAACUUCAAGAGCAAGUUUGGCGAUGAUCCCAAUGCGACCGGCGCUGUAGUUUCAGUCUUUACUGGCGGUGCAUUCUUUGGCUCCAUGUUUGCUGGUUAUUCUGGUGACCGUUUAGGAAGAAAAUGGACCAUCAUGAUCGGUGCUCUCAUCUUCAUUCUCGGAGGAAGUCUGCAGACUGCCGCUGACCACAUCAACUAUCUCUACGCAGGUCGUUGUCUCGCCGGCCUUGGUGUCGGUUUCCUUGUCAUGAUUGUCCCAGUCUACCAAGGCGAGCUCUGCCAUCCCGACAUCCGUGGUCGUGUAACAGCCCUCCAGCAAUUCAUGCUUGGUGUAGGCGCCCUCAUCGCCACAGCAAUUGGCUACGGAACAUACACAAGCAUCGACGACGAUAACUCAGGUCAAUGGCGCAUUCCCCUCGGUAUCCAGAAUUUACCUGCCGUGAUCCUAGCUGCUCUUAUUCUCUUCUUCCCCGAAUCGCCACGUUGGUUGAUCGAUCAUGGCCGUGAAGAGGAAGGUCUCAAGACCCUUGCGAAACUUCACGCCAACGGUGAUGUGAAUGAUACGUGGGUGAGGGCCGAGUUUGACCAGAUCCAGGAACGUCUUGCUCUCGAGCAUGAAGCUUCUGCCAAGAGCUACAGCGAACUCUUCACUGACAAGUCAUGCUUUCGACGACUUUGGCUUGCUAUCUCUGUUCAGGUCGCUGCGCAGAUGACUGGAGUAAGCGCUAUUCAGUACUACUCUGUUGCCAUCUACGCCAAAAUCGGUAUCCAAGGUGACGAAACCCUCCGAUAUCAGAUGAUAUCCUCUGUCAUCGCUCUCGUGGCCCAAUUCCUGUGUAUGCUCUUCAUCGACAGAACAGGACGACGCUGGCCUCUUAUCGGCGGUAACAUUCUCAACUGCAUCACCUUUAUCAUCGCAACUGUUCUUCUCGCCAGUUUCCCUCCUGGCUCCAACAAUGGUGGUGGUGCUGCUGGAUGGGGAUUCAUCGUUGUCACAUGGAUCUACAAUUUCUCUUUCAGCGCCACAUGCGGUCCUUUGUCUUGGAUCAUCCCUGCCGAGAUCUUUGAUAUGAAGACUCGCGCCAAGGGAGUGUCGCUGGCUACUAUGAUGUCCUUUGCUUUCAACACCAUGAUUGGACAAACUACAUCUGUUGCUCUUGAUGACAAGACUGGUAUUGGUUGGAGGUGGUACAUUGUCUUUAUUGUCUGCAACUUUACCAACGCUGUUUACUUUUGGGCAAUCCUCCCCGAGACUGCCAACCGCCCUCUUGAGGAGAUGCGAUAUCUCUUUACCGAAGCGCCCUUGUUUGUUCCUCUUAUGGAUACGGCCAAGUUCGCCGCUGGCCAGGACCUUGAGCGUCGUGUUGAGAAGGCAGAGCAGAAGCAAGAGCUUGAACACCAUGACUAG